AGCUGAAGCAGAGUAUAGUUACGAGUGCGAUAGUGAUUUAGAUGAAGACGAAGCAGACGAAGCAGAGAACAAUAGAAAAGACGAUACAGAUUUGUCGAGUAUAUCAGAUGAUGAAAUUUCUCAUAUAGAGAGCAAGAGUGGAACUGAGUGCAGUUAUGAUAGUGAGUCAAAAUAGCCUAUAUAUCAGGUAUACCACGGUGCAUCCCCAACACGAUCUGACCCACGUUGAUUUUCAGGCUGGGGUGAUAUAGUCUCAUCGAGGUGAAUAUACUGAUGUCUGGCUUCGCAGCUAUUAUCAAUCUGUUAAUCUACUUCUACAGCGCCGCCAAGACUUCCACCAGCAAAGACUCGAUUCUACUCUCAAAUGCAAGCAGCAGCUUUCAGAUGUUGGGCCAAACGCUACUCGUAAAAGAUUACGCUUUUAAGACGUGAAGUUUGCGCUGGGGUCUAUCUUCUUGCUAUU